GCCAGUGUGCGUGCGUUAUGUGUCGACUCGGCGGCCGCCAGUGCGGAGGUGACAGACAGGCAGAGAGACAGCACAGAAUGGAGACGAGGCUCCUGCAGCGGCGAGCCGAGAUCGCCGCGGCCAGAAAGGGGCACUCAUUCGACACUUGACUUGUGGAGCCCAAGUGUUGAAAGGAAUCCAACAACAUUUCGGGGGCAAAGGAAAGGAAUGGCUGAUCCUCUGCGGAGGACUUUACUAGCGAAACUCCGUGGGAAAAAAAACAAGAAGGGAGAGACGCUCAGCGCUGGAUUGAGCUCCGCCGCCGCCAAUGAGGGCCCAGAAGGUAAAGAAAAAGUUUUGCAAACGCAGCGAGAGCCGCUCGAGGCUCACCCGGUGGUAGUCACGCUAUCGGGCUUGGAUUACGCCGCCGCCGCCGCCUCCGCAGCAGCAGCAGCAGCAGCCGCAGCAGCAGCAGCCGCAGCAGAGAGAAUGAGCACGUACGAGAAUUGUUUUGACGGCCCAGUGGCGCAAAGCACGGGGGUUGACUUGCUCCGGCUGAGUCCGUCAGCGGAGAUAGGCGGCGGCGGCGGCGGCUCACGUCCGCCGUUGCUCAGCACGGCCAGGCCAAAUGGGCAGGUCCCGGGGGCAGGCUCACUUCAGCCAGACGCUCACGCGGCCCACUGGGAGCACGCGUGCGACGACACCAUCACCAUGUCCUUUGGCGAUGAAACAACGCCUGCCCGGAGGAUGAGGAGGAGGAGGAGGAGGAAGAAAUACUUCAUCUCGCUCCCACGGCAAUGCAGCGUGGGGGAUUCAAUUGGCUUCGGGGACAAUUCCUAUCAUAUUUAUUCCUAUGCACCAAGUGUGCACUGCGCUGCUACUUCUCCUCAUGGCCAACCUCUUGUCCGAAAGGAGUCGGCAAGUGUCCUUGCUGUCGACACGGUACGUGAGGCCAACAAGCAAAGUUUGCUUGGGGAUCCAGUAGUCCCUGCUCCAACAGAAGAAACCCUCAUUGAAAUCCUCCAGCCUGCAUACUCGGGGGACUCCAGGGGCCGUCUGCAAAGCCCGCCGGCCUUCUUCCCAACCGAGCUCCACUUGUGCGACAUUAGCGUGGCAUCCGCGGUCAAGCGUCCUCUAGACAGCGAAGACGACGAUUAUUACGAUAAUGAGAUCCUGCCUUUCUAUGAAACCGGACGCAAAAGCGCAGGCGACGGAGGAGACGUUACGACGCCGCCUCAGAUGGUUCGGGAUGAAGGACAGGCUGACGAGAGUCGCGGCGGUGCCGGCGCCCAGGAAACAGACAGGCUACGGAACCAGCUGAAAGAGGCUUAUUACCUCCUGAUCAACGCCAUGAACGAUAUCCGUUCGGAGCAGCAGGCUUUGAGCCGGCGUCGCAGCACCUCCUCCUGCAGCAGCCGCUCCAGGGACAGUUUGUGCUCGGGGGCCAGAAACGUGGACAGCGACUCCUGCUCCUCUGGGGGGCCGGUGUCUGACACCGAGUCCUUGCUACUGUGUCUCGCCGGAGGAACCAGGCCUCAGUCGGGCCUCAAAAGCAGACAAAACAGUAAGAGCCUGCUCAAUCUGAGCCCAACUCAGGUCAAAGCUACUUUAGUGCGCUCUGCUAGUGAGGGAGAUAUCAGGCGUCCGCUUGGACCUUUGCAGCGCAUGGAUCCUCUCGCAAAGGGUCCAGACCUGAUUUCAGAGCUAAGAUCAGACGGGGACAGCGACCAUGCUGAGGUUAGGAGAGCCCACCAGUUCUUCGAUGCUGGCGACCGUGAGCGUUUUCAAGCGGCGGCCGAUGUCGGUGAAAGCAGCGGUUCGCUCAACAGCCUUACGGGUUCUUCGGACGGCAACCCGGAAGGAUGGGCGCCUCCUGCUCACCAGAACAAGCUAGCGCAGGGGGGCAACUCCGUUAACAAGGGCUACGGCGUGACGGUCAACAAGAUGCAAGAGUGGAUGCACAAAGGUCGCCUGUUGUCGUCGGAAAUGAAGCAACGCAUAGAAGGUCCCUCUCGUCGGGCCAGCCCAACGGUAAAAUCUCUCACGUCCCCUGCCGGCAAGACAGCGCAGCUUUCAGCUGUCAGUGAGGAUGUCCCAUGGCAAGAGGCUGCCAGGGCCAAUGAGCUUUCGGCGUGGCGACCGCACCUCCACACCAUCACAGUCGCCAAGAAGCGCAACUGGCUGCAGCAGAGCACCCUCGGAAAGAACCAUUGCGCUAAGGAGGAGCUGCAAGCUGGCAAGCCGGGAGCUGAGGAGGAGCCCGGCCUGGCCUACCCACAGCCAGAGCCACAGCCAGAGCCAGAGCCACAGCCAGAGGCGCCACCUCCGCCCAGUCCUUCUCCGGAGCAAAUGACAAAUUCAGGGGAGGCGCCGCCGGCUUCGCGGCCGGCUCACCUGCAUCUACCCGAGGUGAGCGUGGACCCAGCAGAAGAGAACGAUGCCGACGACGAAGGCGAGAUCUGGUACAACCCCAUUCCCGAGGAUGACGAGCUGGAGGUGUCCAACAGAGCCUCCGUCCGACUGCUCGACGGCAACGGGAGUGCCUUGGAGAGCGGCGGGCCGGACUCACUUGGGGAAGGAAAUGCUGGCCGUUGGACAGACAGACCGAAAGCCCAGGAGGAGGGAGGGCCCUGCACCAGCAAAUCUGUUGAUGUUCCCGACUUUCCCAACAGUCUUGGAUUCUCCCCUCCAUCCAGCCCAAACCCUACGAAGAAGAGCGGCUCCAUCAACUGGUCGUUCCCAGACAAGAUCAAAUCCCCCCGCACCGUCAGGAAACUUUCCAUGAAGAUGAAGAAGCUUCCAGAACUUAGCCGGAAACUCAGCGUCAAGGGUCAAAGCGGCGGCGGCGGCGGCAAUGGAGGUGCUCCUUCAGAGCCCAGGUCCCAAUCACUUGGCGCUCCAGCUGUGGGGAUUGAAGCCACUUGCCCCCAGCGAUCGGCUCUAUCUGGCGCCGGGCUCGCCAGCCGAAACGUGAUCUCACGCUACCACUUGGACAGCAGCGUGUCCACGCAACACAGCUUCGGUAAGAAGAAAAACAACGGCGGCGGUGGCGGCGUUGGCGGCUCCAAAUCUGCCAGUAAAGGUGGAUAUUUAAGCGACGGCGAUUCACCGGAGCUGGUGGCCAAAUCCGGGAAGCGCACUUCCGUCGAGGGCAAGGAAUGCCGAUAUAAUCACGCGGAAGGAGCCAGCGCAAGCUCCAAAGCAAACGGUAGCGAUUUGGACAUCGAUGCUUUCCGCCAUUAUAGCUUCACGGAGCAGCCCACAUGUUGCAAGUACAUCUCCGGACUGAUGAGCCUGCACUUUUACGGCGCCGAGGACCUCAAACCGCCUCGCGUGGACUCUCGCGAUGUCUACUGCGCCAUUCAAGUGGACUCUGUCAAUAAAGCGCGGACGGCGCUCCUUACCUGUCGAACUACCUUCUUGGGAAUGGACCACACCUUCAACAUCGAGCUGGAGAACGCCCAGCAUUUGAAGCUGGUGGUGUUCAGCUGGGAGCCCACUCCCAGGCGAAACCGUGUCUGCUGCCACGGCACGGUGGUCCUACCCGCGCUCUUCAGGGUAAUACGCUCCCACCAGCUGGCGGUCAAGCUGGAACCCCGCGGGCUGAUAUAUGUCAAGUUGAACCUGAUGGAGCACUGGCAGAAUUCCUUGGACGGCGCAGAUGGCGCCAGGGAGCACCAAGUCUUUGGUGUGGAGGCGUGGCGGCUGGUGGAGAGGGAAGACACCGGACUCCUGGUGCCGCUGCUGAUUAGCAAAUGCAUCAAUGAGAUUGAGAAGCGGGGUUGCCAGGUGGUGGGGCUGUACCGUCUUUGCGGCUCCGCAGCUGUAAAGAAGGAGCUACGAGAGGCCUUUGAGAGAGACAGUUAUGCCGUGGGACUGUGUGAAAACACCUAUCCUGACAUCAACGUGAUCACAGGCGUAUUAAAGGACUACCUACGAGAGCUGCCCUACCCUCUCAUCACCAAGCAGCUGUACGAGGCAGUACUGGACUCCAUGGCCACCAGACCGCUGAGGAUGGGAGCAGCCGGCUGCGAGAACGACCACGCCGACUCCCAACACACCGUGGGCCUGUUGGACAUCCUUCCGGAAGUGGAGAGGAUGACGUUGCGGAAACUUCUUGACCACCUGAAGUUGGUGGCGUCCUACCAGGAAGUGAACAAGAUGACAUGCCAGAACCUGGCCGUGUGUUUCGGCCCCGUGUUGCUCAGCCAACGUCAGGAGGCAUCUUGUCACACCAACCGCGUCUUCAUCGACUCCGAGGAACUCGCCAGUGCGCUGCACUUCAAGAAGCACAUUGAAGUCUUGCACUACUUGCUGCAGCUCUGGCCAGUGGUGGACCUUCCAAAUCAGCCCUCCUCCCCUGAAGGCCUGGACUCGCUGACAACGCUCCCUCCCCUGCGGCGGAGAAAAGAGCGGCCGCAGGUGUUGAACCUCACCGAGGCGGCGAUGGCGGGGGUUCUGCGCCCCAGAGCGGGACGCCUGGACAGCCCGAGCAACCGCUACGCCGGCGACUGGAGCGGCUGCGGCGACAGCUACUUCCCCGCCGACACGCUUCUGCUCCCUCACGGCAAAGAAGAGGCCGAUUACGACGACGUGCCCUCGGAGGACACGGACGGUGACGAGGGGCUUGAAAAGCCUGACGAUGCGGACGCCGCCGUGCGGGACCUCCCCGCCGCCGGCGGCCCUGACGAGCACUUGCAGACUUUGAGUGAGGAGGAGAAGGAGGAUGUGGUGGCAGAGGAGGAGGAGCCAGACAAGAUCGAUGAAGACGAGGCAAAGCAGGAUAAGAACGAGCCGUCGGAGGAGAAGGAAAGCGCGCGGGAGCACAUCUUGCCCCGGCGCCUGCACAAGGAGCACGCGUACCAGGCUUACAUGAAGAUCCAGGACAUCAGCCCCGUGCUGAGCAACAGGGUGAACCUGAGAGACCUUCAGGAGAGCAUAGACACUCUCAUAGGGAACCUAGAAAGAGAACUCAAUAAGAAUAAGAUCAACGUGGGCUACUAACCAUUUGAGCUUUCCAAACAGGGACGAGUCACAUUUCUUUCCCACAGACAUGCAUUCCUUGCUGUUUUUUUUUUUUGCUUUGUCCUUGGUCUGGAUGUUGUUCUUCGGGCUCCAGUUUGGCGUUCCCCGUCAUUGCUUUUCUUCUUAUGAGAAGAACCCAUUGACCCUUCCGGGGUUUCAAAGGUGCCUUAAUUGUGUGAAGGUGGUACACCACAUGCAAAAUCCACACGCAGCAUCCUCUCCACGCUAGGAAGACUUGGAUGCUUUUCCACUACGUUUGAAAUAAGAAGCUAGGUAUGGUCACGUCUGACUGGGUCAAUCUCCAAAGUGCUGUUGUGUACGCAGUUGCUGACGGGACUAAUUGGUUUCAAAGUAAAACCUCCCACAGAUAUUUCUUCCUGGCAUGCUUCUGUCUGGAGCAACAUAUGCAAUGGAGAGCUUCCACAUCUAGGAAAGAAUUUGAGAAACAUUAGGACUUGCAUGAACUAUUUCUUUCCAACCAAAACAGGCAAUUAGGUGAUUGGAAAUGUGCUGAACAAACAAGUAGCUAGAAGAGAAAAGCCUCCAUCAUGUGCUCAAGGCCACUAUUAGUGGGCUGCCCAGACCUUUUUGUGUGUGUCCUUGCAUUUUGUGGAAGAAAACUACAAUUCCAAAUGUUACAAAUGGUAUCUGGAGCACAAGAUGCUCACGUUACCAGCUUACCAAUAUGCAGGAGCGUCCAUAAGUUCUAUUCAUUGCACUUUCCUGAAUGAAGCAUGUCUCAAACAUCAGUGAAUCAAAUGGAAGCAUUGCAAUGUCAGGAAUGAUUUGCGCCAGGGCCAGCCACCAAAUGCAGCUUGAACCGGGAUUUAUUGAACGGAAAGGGAGUAGGUAGAACCCAAGACACACACGGGAGAGAGACUCACGGCCAGCAAACAGACAGACCGACCGACAGACAGACAGACAGGCAGACAGGCAGGCCACUUGGACAAGGCUAAAAUUCUAAGCGCGAACCUCCAGCCAGACCGAGGGAAAACCAAACAACAGAAACAACAGGUACAAACAGGAAGUGAAAACAGCAGUAGACACCGACAAAGAAGAAGACACGGGCGGGCAGGGUUGAAAUACACAAGGUCACAAGAGGGAGCAGGUGACAGACAUGACGGUGACGAAGGAAGGGGUGCGGCUGAGGGAAGUGGCAGUUUCCAUUCCUUUGGAUUUGCCCAACCAACAUUCCCCCCAAACUGAAGUGCUUUCCACAGAAUGUAUGAGAGCUCGUCACUCGCUAAGCAAGAUGACACAAGUGUUAUGUUCUCUCGGCGACACUGUGAUUGAAAUCAUUCCAAUUUGGAUGAGGCCAAUGCACUUACAAAGCAGUCUAUGCUUUGAUUUGUCAUUGUGGCUCAUUCACUUCCAGGAGUCUCUGCGUGCGCUAAAUAGAGAGCAUCGUCUCUUUCGGUUGAAUAGAAACACACCCGCUAUGACUGCACUCAUUCAUUCAUACCUACAUCUCGUUGAUAGAUUUCAUCUCAUGCAAAUAACAGGAAGUAGUGUUCACAAUGGCAGCUUUUGCAUCCCGUGAUUUUUGGGGGAAACAUUGCUUAGUAUCGAGCCACUAAAAACAAAUAAGCAGUGUUGCUACAAUUGCAAUUCAAAGCUACAUUUUGAUCAGCAAAGCGUAUAGUCAUGCUCAUGUCCAUUUGUCGGAUGAUACGUAUGCUACUGGUAGGUUCAGUGUCAUACCAUCAUCACCUUGGAAGUCUUAUUGGACGCUAUUGCCAUCCAGGCCCAUGAACAAUUUGGAAAAGAAUCAAAUCCCCAUUGAUUGCUUCUUGAUUGAGUCCAAUUCACCACAACGGAUGUAGAAUUCCUGUGUGAGCAGCAUCCAAGUCUCUAGAGCAAGAAGUGAUUGCCUUUGCAGAUAUCAUAUAUACGUACGUAUGAAUGUCAAACGUCGCGCUUGGUCUUCUCUCAGCUCUCGAGCAAAAUGGUGAGUCAGCUAAAUGUGAAACCACAACUCAGCUGCCAAAGUAGACAAUGGCCUUUUUUUAGUCAUGAAUUGACAACAUCGUCAUCAGUAUUUAACCGAUACAUCGAUACGUGUAGAGUCGUAUCAAUGUAUUUGGAGUGCAUAUAUAUUUUGUGUGUGUAUUUAUAUGCUCCUGACCUCAUAGUGUUGUUGACUUUUACAAAUAUGUCGUCGUUGCUUUUCUUUUCUCCCAUCUUCAUGUGCUGGACUAAUGGUACAAGUGGAGCUGUACAGUGAAUGAUAAAGCUGUUCUUUUUCUUAUCUUGUGUAUAUAGUUGGAUGAGAUUGUCUUUGGUGGACUGAGCUGUGUUCAGCAUUGGAGGUGUUGGGAUCUUUUUGAAGGUACUGAACGGUCGGUCGGUCGGAUGGUCAAAAGCUUUACUGACGUGAAAUGAGGCCCUUUCCAAUCUGCCGCGUAUUUAUGUGAGAAAAUGCAUACCCAAAUGAAAGAGAAUAUUACUUUGCAUUGAUCCUGAGUCAUGUACGAUCAGAAUAAAGUAUAUCAUUUGA